AUGUAUCCCUCUUCUUACGAGAAAUUUAAGAAAAACGUCGAGGUAACUUCACCUCUUAACUGGCAAUUCAAUGCUACUGAGGCUCCUCCUGGAGUGAUGCCUUCCCAUUUAUUGCCGUCGCCUCCUCAAACUUACCCACCACAAAGGCCAAUUGCACUAACGUUCAACAAUGGACAUCAGAUCAACCCUCCUCAUUUUAAACCACAAAGUCAAUCACAUGAGAAAUUCAAGAAAAAUAAUAAGCGCGGAUUCAUACGUCAUAGAGAUGAAGCAGUAAAUAAUCAAUAUGUAUAUACCCCAGACCAAAAGUUUAUAAGCGAAUUUGCAAACAAUGGUUAUUCGGCUUCACCAUGUUAUAAUAACUCACCUGUCAAUUCAAAUCAUCCUCAUCAUCAAAUAUGGCGCGCGCCAAAUCAUAAUAAUUUGCCAAAUUGGCCGAUACCAAAUUCAAUGGAAUAUCUAUAUGCUCCGGAACAUUUCGAUAGGCAACAUCGUCAAUUAUUUCCUCCCGGAACAUUUUCACCUUUUCAGGCUCCGCCAGAACCACAUUCCUAUCCAAUUCGUCAUUUUCCGCAACAAUAUCCUCCUCAUUUAGCUCCUGAUCCUCAUAUUUAUCCUCGACAAUCUAAUAACUACCAAUAUUAUGGUUCACAACGGCCAGUCAUGCAACACUUUUAUCAACAUGGAUCUCAACCCAGAGACUUCCAUCGACCUAUAAUUUCACAAUUUCCUACUUUUGCACCGGGUAAUGAUAAUACAGAUCAUGUCGAUCAUAUAUCAGCUAAUGUUCAGCAAACUAAAAAGAAUAAAAAAAACAAUAAGAAAUUUGUUGAAAAUUCGAUAAAUCAUGUUGUUAAACAUCAAAAUCUAAUUGUACCUGAGUCAUCAUCCGAACUCACAAAGCAGAUUAAUUAUGAAUCCAAAAAGCGGAUCCGACCUUCUGAUGAUAUAAAGUCAUCGAUUAUUCCUUUGUCUAAUGAUUCAUUGACAAAGCCAAUUCAUACUUAUGGAAAUGAUGGUCGUAAACUCUUUACAAAGAAAAAAAUUGUAAAUAAAAUUGAAAUUAACUUAAAAGACAGAAUCGGUCUGUUAAAUUUCAAAUCCUCUAAAUUGUUUGUACCAGAUGAUGAAAGUCAUGGUAUAAAGAAGAAAAUUAAAUUGGACAUGGAGAUCAAUUCGGUUCCAAGUGCACAUGAUGCAAACUCAGCAGAUUAUAAUCAAAGUCAGAAGUCACAUGAUAUCUCGGAUACCCUUAGUUCUGAUAUAGGUAAAAUUUCAGGGAUUAUUGAUGAAGCAACAGAUUCUAGUGAAAACUUAAUUUAUGAUUCACUUUCUCCAUGCGAGAAUUCCACUCGACGGGAUAGUGGAAUCGCUUGUGAUAAUAUGGAAUUAGAUGAUGUGAUCAUUAAGGAAAAGGACAUUAAAGAUCCUCCAAUAACUAUUUCUAAUGCUGCUUUAGAAAAUUCAAAUUAUAAUGCUAAUCCAAUUAUUAAUAAUUCAGAGACUGUCAAUAAUGUAGUGGGGUCUAAUUUGGUGUCAUCAGAUGAUGCAAUUGUUAUAGAGUCAGGCAUAUCAGAGAAAAUGGCAGAGUUAGAAGAGGAGCCUAAACUUACAAAUAUAAAUAAUAAUGUACUUAAUGUUAAUGAUGCUCAGGAAGAUUCAUUUGUUUCGUCAAAUUCAAACUUGGAAGUUUCAUCAACACCGACUUUAAGUCUAGUUAAUACGGACAUAAUUUCAAAUUCGGAUAAUGGGAAUUGUUUGAUGCUUGUUGAUAAUGAAAUUAAUGAAAUUCAGGGAGAAAAGGAUGAUUUACCAGAAUAUAUAGAUUCUAGUUUAAAAUUUACCGAUAAUUCGAAAUUAGAUGUCGAUUCAACGGCGGAAUUAACCAAUUCAUUUUCAAAAAUGGAUUUCGGUUAUAUAUGUAGUGAUAAGCGAUGCUGCACUAACUUAAAGCUGAAAACUGAAGAACCUACCUCACCCAAAAUUCAAGUCACACAUGAAGAUAAUGAAAUUCCUCAUCAUUCGUCAAAUGCAUGUACCAACUCAACAAUUAGUGGAAAAGAUCGAUUUGCUGGAGCUGUUUUCACACGCCAGGGCAUAAAAGAUCUUGCCUUUGUAAAGUUCGAAGGGUAUUCUAUCAAUCAACGUGUUAAGGUUCUUAACGUUGAUAGUAUUUGGUAUCCAGGCACGAUCAUUGCAAUAGAUAAAACUAAAGUUAGAGUGCGUUUUGAUGGUUGGGAUGCUAAAUAUGACGAAUGGGUAUCAAAGGAUAGUCGAAGGUUGAGAGUAAUGAGCGAUGAAGAGAUACUUGAAAUACAAAAUUCUUCACAAAACAAUAAUGUCGCGAUUGUUAAAAAACGUUCUACAUUCAAUAAAAUUGUUGAAAAACAUGAGAUUAUCUCUGAUACAGAAGAUCCUCAAACAAAUUUUUCGACGAAGUCAAAGCGAACAAGAAAGAGAACUGCUACAAAACAAACGAUAAGUAAUGAAGCAAAAAAAGUACAAUCUACCCCGACAAAGAAAAUUGUUGAUCAAAAGCAAAAGAAGAGUAAUCCUCGAUCGCAACCACCUACAAUAAUUCGUAAAAAGAAAAAGUGCAAUUCUUGUGAAAGUUUAUUUGAUAAAUUGGAGAAAGUGGGCGCACUUGAAUUAUGUACAAAGUGUGUGCCAUUAUUCGCACCUCAAUUAACGAGAGUCAAAGCAUUUGCGCAUGCCUUCACAUUAGAUCAAAAAGUCCAAGUACUUAAUAUUGAUAAGAUUUGGUAUCCUGCCAGGAUUGUAAAGGUAGAAAAAUCCAGAAUUAAGGUUCACUUUGAUGGUUGGGGAAAAAGAUUUGAUGAAUGGAUAUCUGUAGAAAGUCGAAGAUUGAAAGCCUUGUCAGAAAAUGAAGAAAAUAACUUACCUAACGAUAUAGAUAAUAAGCAAGAAAAUCUUGAUCAAAACCAUAACCAAUCAAAAGCUUCUACAUCCAAAAUUCCGCAAAAAUCUAUUAAUCUAAAUGAUAAAUCAAGGAAACCAAGGAAAGAUUCCGCAUGUUUUCACGAUAGCGAUAAAGAAUAUCAAUCGAAUAUGUAUAAGCUGAAAGAGAUAUUAGGUACAGACUCUGAAUCUCUCAGUAGUGUACCAGAUUCUGAUUCUGAUUCUCUAAGUAGUUGUCCCGAAUCCAUCUCGUCUUCGUCAUCAUCAUCUCUUAGUGCGUCCGAAUCAAAUUAUAUAACUCUCAGUAGUUCUAGUGGGGAAGAAACUGAGAUAAAACCAUGUAAACCUCAAAUUAAACGAACUGUACGAGACAGUAAGAAGGACACGAUACGCAAGAAAAACCAAUCAUCCGAAGAGAAGAUAUGUGAAUCAUGUAAAAUUAUGCAUAUAAAUGUACAAAGGAUAGGCAGCCUUGACUUAUGUACAUAUUGUAGGUCACUCUUUGGUGAUGAUGCUACGUUUCGUUUUAAACGUGGUGGUCAGUAUGGUUUUGAACUUCAAAAACGCGUUAAAGUUUUAAGUCGUGACGGCGAAUGGUAUCCGGCUAUAAUGGUAGAUGUUGAGGACGGACGUAUUCGGGUGCAUUUUGAUGGAUGGAGCGAUUAUUUUGAUGAAUGGAUCCCAGCAGGAAGCCAAAGAAUGAGAGACAUGACACUUGAAGAAAUAUUAGAAGCACAAAAGGCAUUGGAACAGGUUGAUAAAGAGACGCUUGAACAGAGAGAAAUGAUGUAUGUACCACAAAGAAGAAAGAGAUCCAAUUCAAAACGACCAAUGCAACCACCUUCAACGAUAACUCCUUCGAAUGAAACAUCAAAAUCAACCGAUUCGACAAAAGUAAUUAAUAAUAAAGCAAGAUGCGAUUCAGAUUUAUUUUCUGAACAAAGUGACCUUUCAACAAAUUCCAUGAUCGCAUUUGAUUGGAAUGAAUAUUAUUUUGGACGAGACACGCGUCGCAGUCUUCGUAAUGACAAACUUCUAAGUAAUUCUGAUGUUCUUGCUAAGCUAAAAUCACGGUUUAAACCAGGAAAUCAAAUUGAAGCACGAGAUAGAUUAAAGGAGUGGGUUCCUGCAACGAUUAUUGAAGCUAAAGGUUGUAGGGUAUUAAUACAUUAUGAUGAUGUUCCUGCCUUCUAUGAUGAAUGGAUAGAUAUAAGUAGCGAAAGACUUCGUGAAAAAUGCACAAAAAAUGAAAUUACACAGAAUAUCAAACCUACCUCGACUUCUUUGGAAAGUAAAAAAGAUUUAAAGAAAAAGAAAAGCAAAGCUGAGAAUGAUGACGAUUAUCGUUUGGAAUUUGUUGUAAAUGGCGCACUUAAUGGAAGGUUAAUUACAGCCGAUGAUAAAUGGUGUAUAUAUUGCAAUCAAUGCAAUGUGGUUAUUAAACAGUUCAGAUAUUAUUGUACUUAUUGUGAGUCACCAUCAGAGGGUAACGAUUAUAGGAGUUUUGAGCUCUGUGUGUGGUGUUUUGCACAUCAAUUUCCAAAUUAUCACGAACAUCCUCGUUGUUCUUUUGCCGUUCAAACUGUAAUCGAUGAUGAAGCAAUUAAAAUGUCUUCCAAAGGCGAAGUUGUCAAAAUUUUUGACAAAGACAUUUUUGAUACAACAUUUAAAGAUCCCGAAUUUGAUUUAACGAGUAAUCAUGUACCAUUGGAUACGGACAUGGGAUAUCUUUAUCUACAAGCAUGGAAUAUGCGUAAAAUAUGUGGUUUUUGCAAUGACGAUGACUCAAAUCAACUUGGUGGAUUCAUCGCUCCAUAUCCUUUUGUUUCUAACACCUAUACACGUCACGGUGAAAAGCAGAAGACUUUUUGGGCUCAUCAUGCAUGUGCGAAAUAUUCACCAGAAGUUUUUGUUACAAAAUCUAAUGAAUGGUAUAACGUAACAUUGGCUUGGAAAAGGGGUCGAAGCAUGAAAUGUGGUAAAUGCAAGGAACGUGGUGCAACGAUCGGAUGUUUCGAACCUAAAUGUGCAAAAAGUUAUCAUCUUUCAUGCACGGAUAAACCGCUUUCCCAUUUUGAAAUGGGUGUUAUUUUCUAUUGCCCUACACAUGAAGCGCGUUAUCUUCAAAAAGAAUUAUACAAUGAGGUUUACCGUUGUGAUGUAUGUUCAUGUGAAUUACAAGAAGACAGAUGGAUGACUUGCAAGCCAUGCGAGUCGAACUUUUUUUCAUCUUUUGAUUUGUGUUUACAAUGCUUUGAAGAAAAGUAUCCUGAACAUGAACACGAUAAAGAUGAAUUUGAAGAAACAUCUGUUAAGAAAAUUAAAGACGCUCAAAUCACGAAACAAGCAGCACUUGCUGUUGCAAAUCAAAAGGCUCAUAGCGCAGGAAUGCGAAAGAAAUCUAGAAAUUCGCAACAAAAUAAAGGAGGGCGAAUUCAAUGUUCAUAUUGUUGGGCGGAAGAGUCGCCUCGUUGGAGGAAAGGUUAUAAUGGCGUGCUUAUGUGUGAGGAUUGUUUUGAAUUAGUUUUGGUUAAUAAUAAUACUGCAGGAGAACAUCAAGAGAAAGAUAAAUUAUUAGUUACCAGCGAAGAUUAUUCAUACCAACCGUAUUUGACGAGAAACUUCUGUUCGGACAAAAAAUUUGAUGACUUCGAAUCUCAAGCAAUGCAUUUAGAUAGCUAUGAACCCGCAGAGAAUCAAUUAUUUUCUUUGCCUUUUGAUAGCUCUUAUUUUGAUAUUCCGGGUCGUGCUCCAAGGUGGGCUACGCAUAGUGGUACCGAUUAUCAUGGCACUUGGCUACCACAAACUGUUCGAAGAGCAUUACUUCGUUUUACAAGGAAGAACGGAAAAGUUCUAUCAAAUUUCCUGGGGAGAGGAACGGAUGCUAUUGAAUCUUUCCUACUUGGAAGGAGACUUAUUGGCAUCGACAUCAACCCAGCAGCAGUUGCUUUGUCCCAGCGGAACUGCUCUUUCGCGAUACCACCGAAUAGGGGUAUCACAGCCGAACAUCGACCGAUAAUACUUCAAGCUGAUUCUAGAAAUUUAUCAGGUUCUAUGUUUGAAGACGAUUCUUUUGAUCAUAUAUUGAGUCAUCCGCCCUAUAAAAAUUGUGUUGAGUAUUCAACACAUAUUGACGGUGACUUGUCAAGAUUUGCAAACUCAAAGGAAUUUGCUGCAGAAAUGAGUAAAGUUAUUGAUGAAUCUUGGAGGUUAUUGAAGCCCGAAAGAAGAGUUACUUUAGGAAUUGGUGAUAAUCGAGAACAUUGCUUUUAUGUCCCAGUUAGCUUUAAUUUAUUUCGUCAGUAUAUCGAUCAGGGAUUUGAAUUAGAAGAGCUGGUUGCAAAACGUCAGAGAUAUUGCCAAGCAUUUGGGCUUGGCACAUAUCUUUGUGUACAAUAUGAUUUUCUAAUGUUUACACACGAGUUUAUUGCAACUUUUAAGAAGGUUGACAAAACACAUAAUGAUAGGUUGUUAGUGACACCUGAUGAAUCUACAUUAUCGGGCUCAGUGACGUUUUUAAGGAAUCUUCGAGAAAUCCCAAUUCUUCCUAUUGCACGAAAAAGUGUCGUAAUGGGUACAACUUGGACAUUUAAGCCAACACAAACACAUAAUUUUGUACAACUUUGUACCUCAAGAAUGGUUGAACGGUUUGGUAGAGAUUUUGCCAAUUGGGAAGAAAUUCGGAUAAAAUUUAACAAUAUGGAGCCAAAUAAUACAGUUAAUUUAAGUGAUAAAUUACAUAAAUGUGAAGACAAAACUGAUAGUGAGGAAGAAAACAUGCCAGAAUAUGAGCGCAUUAGACAAAAAAGGAUUAAAGAAAAUCAGAAAAUGUUGCUUUCAUUGGGUUUAAAAUGUGAUCUCGGAGAAACAUCAGAUGAUAUUUCUCAUCUUGAAAAAAUAUUAAAUAGUAUGCCCUUACCUCCGCCAACGCCAACGGCAUUAAUUGUUGUACCACAUAUUCCCAACAAUCUUCUUACCUCACAAAUUAUACCGACUUAUCGUACAGCAGUUAAGCAUUUAGCAAAAGAAGCAUAUGAAAAGUUACCGCCAUCAGGAUUUUUUGUUAUUGGAGGACAAGACGUUAGAACUUCAGAUAAUAAAUUAUGGCCACUUAGCAUGCUUUUUAUGGAAGAUGUAAAUCAUUCCGUUGGGGAAGAUAAAAUGCCAUUAAAAGAACUUGUGGUAACAGUACCUGAAGGUUACGCUAAAGAUAAGAAAAGAAUCACAAAAAAAGAUGAUUACACAGAAGAAUAUUGUAUAGUUGAUGAAGAAGAAAAUAUAGAACAUUUACCAAUUAUUCAUGCAUGUUAUCUUAUAUUUAUGAAACUUCGAUAA